AGUGCAACAACUGGCAAAAUGAAGAUGGCGGAAGGAUCCACAAUCUUGAGAAGAAACAGGCCCGGAACGAAGGCAAAGGACUUCUGCAGAUGGCCCGACGAACCUUUCGAAGAAAUGGACAGCACGCUGGCCGUGCAGCAAUAUAUUCAGCAGAUGAUAAGGAAAGACCCAUCAAGUAUCGAUUUAAUUCUUAGCAUGCCAGAAGCUCAGGACGAAGGAGUUUGGAAAUAUGAACAUCUCAGACAAUUCUGUAUGGAAUUGAACGGACUAGCAGUUAGACUACAAGAAGAAUGCCAUCCAAACGCCUGUACACAGAUGACCGCCACCGAACAGUGGAUAUUUUUAUGUGCAGCUCACAAAACACCCAAAGAAUGCCCAGCCAUUGAUUACACCCGGCACACUUUGGACGGAGCUGCCUGUUUAUUAAACAGCAAUAAAUAUUUCCCAAGCAGAGUAAGCAUUAAGGAAUCUUCAGUCGCUAAACUCGGCUCUGUUUGUCGUAGAGUUUACCGAAUUUUUUCACACGCAUAUUUCCAUCAUCGAACAAUAUUUGACGAAUUUGAAAAUGAGACCUUCCUUUGUCGAAGAUUUACGGCUUUUGUAACAAAGUACAACCUCAUGUCAAAGGACAAUUUAAUAGUACCGAUAAUGGAAGAAGAGGGACCAACUGAAAGCGAGGCAUAAUAAAAUACUCAAAGAUUGGCCUUAGUGUCCAAAGAGAAUGACUCAUUUGACCGAUUUGCUGAAAAACUGAAUAAUUGCUCGAUCGAUCGCCUACUACUGUUUUCUGUAGUGGUGUGGAGGUUUCAUAAAAUCAGUGAGUACAGCAGCACACAAGUCACAACACUUGUAAAAUCAAGUCCAAUUCCAAGGAUUGAUCAGAACGGACCGGAAACGAAUCGUCGAUCCGUACAUGUAUGAUUCACAAUGAAUUUAAUCGCUAAUUUUCAAUUGAGUUCCUAACCAGUUCUCAAUCUGUAUGUAUUUAACUGUAUCUACUUUAAUAAAUUAUGUACAUUAUCUAGGAUUAUUAUCGCGAAAACUAAUGUCAUGCAUUUAGAAAAAUAUGUUAAAACCUUUAAUUCAUUGGCCGAAGUAUUAGAUUUUAUUUUUCAAUGAAUUACGUACAAUCAGUAUGAAAACAGCUGCUAAGAACCUAAAUCACGAUCGGUACGCGACAUUUGGUACCUGAAAUGCACUUACUAAUACGCAUCGAUCUUUUUACGUUUUAUACAAUGUAACCGACUGAAUACAGCGUUACACGUUUUUGAAGAAAGAAUUUUGUUGCUCUGUAUGCGUGUAAAAAUAAUAAUACUUUCCGCGGUGCGACUGAACCAAGUCUGAAUUCAAAUUUAAUGCUGAUGGCAUUUUUAACAUUUUUUUAUUAUGAUUGUCGGUCAUCUCACGAACAUUUAUUUCAGGAUGAAGAUUAAAUUAAUCUUUGAUGCCCUUUUUUUUAAGAAUGCCGAUUUUAGUAUUUUAAGUUUUAUAAAAUGAAGAUAUGAUAAAAGUUGCAAAAUUAUUUUUUUUUUUUCACUUGAUAUUUGUGUUAUUUAUUGUGUUUCUUUGACAUCGUGUGAAUAUUUAGAGAUAACAAUUUUAAAAAGCGUUUCAGUUGUUUUUGGAAAAAGUCCAUUUUUCUAUUUAUUUAACUUCAGAUAUAAAAAUUUCCCUUAAAUGACAGAGCAAAUGAUGCCGAGAUUUUUUUUCGCUUGAUUUUCUUAUCGUCUUGCUAAAAAAUAAUCGAAAUCAAUAACAUAAAU